AUGACGCGCUACCCACCACAUGGCGGCUACCAAGGUGGCGAGGACCCAUAUGGAUAUCAGCAACACCAGGGGGCUGGAACUCAAUCUAACUACGGCGGCUACAACUCUGGCGAAGGCCAAGGAUACAACGAGGCUCCGAACUACCAAGUGCCCCAGUAUAGUGAACAGCAGCAGCAGCAGCAAGGUACUGCUCAGGGCUACUACGGCUCCAAUGACCAGGCUUACCAACAAUACCCGACCACCAACAACCAGUACGGUGGGUACGAAGCCCAGCAACGUCAAGGCUACCCGCACGGAGGCUACGAAUCCCAGCAACCCUACAGUGGCCAACAGUACCCAGGCAGCCCGCCACCUCAAGGACCCCCACACACACAGCAGUACGGAAACCAACAGCAGAACGAUCCCUACAACCAAGCUCCCUCUUACCCAGACUCCCUAUCCUCCAACCAAGGCUAUGGCCAGUACGCCGGCCCUUACGGUCCACCAGGAGGUGCGAGCGUAGAGGCCUUCAAAUCACACUACGAACAACCGCACGGCGUCAUCGAUCCCGCAACCAACCAAGCCAUGCCUCCUCCCGUAGCAAUAGACCCAGCCACAGGCCAACCCUUACUUCCAGGAGCCGAAGGCGAUCGCGGUCUAAUGGGUGCCCUAGCCGGCGGCGCAGCAGGUGCCUACGGCGGACACAAAAUGGGUCACGGCUUUCUCGGAGGCGUGGGUGGAGCUGUGGCGGGAUCGAUGCUUGAGGAUGCUUACAAGAAGAAGGGGAAGAAAGAUAAGAAGGAAAAGAAGGCGCGUCGUGGCUCGCAUUCUAGUUCCUCUUCUGAUUCUUCCUGUGAUUCUGAUGACUCGAAGAAAAAGAAGAAACGUGCUGGUGGCGGGAUGCUGGGGAACUUCAGCGCGAGCUCGAGGGAGAUUUUCUUGGAGGGGAGGUGUACGCUGGUAGCUGAAUGCUGUAACACGCAUGGGCAUCAUCAUCGGUCGCAUUUGGAUCUAAAUGAUUGUUUGACUAACAGUAAUGGGAGGUUGGAGUGGGCACGAGGUGGCGGAUUUGCCAAAUCGGCUAGAGAGAUCAGGUUGGUGGAUGGGGGCCGAGUCGUGGAAGCGGAGUUGGGUAAUGGAAGGGGAGGAUGGAAUUGGGAUGGGAGGAGGUUGGAUGAGAGGAUUACUAAUGAGGAUGGGAGGUUGGAGAUGUUGUGA